AAAAGUUGGAGCAGAGGUCGGCUCAAAAGGAAAAAAGAAAAAAGGUUGGAGCAGGGGGUCCUUCCGUCGACGAAUCCAGCUGCGGCUGUUGAGUUUGUUUCCAAGGCUGGCUUGAAAAGACCGAGACGAAAACCAAGCGCCGGCUGAUGAGACGCGAUGAAGGGCAACAACGCCCUCACAAAAGAGCAACUAGGGCAAGUGAUACAAAGUUAGGGGAAUACACAGGCAUAUGCAUCGAAACCUCACGUCCUGAUGCUACAAGUUUCCUGACAGCAAGACGUUUGAUUCCACUUACGUGGCCUACAAGGGAGAUCACUGAAAAUUUAAUGGCAACUUUUUCUCUACUUUCCUGGAUUAUUAUGCUAAUAUGCUGCCCCAGUAACCAUCGAUUCGCCUUGCGCUUGUCUCAGAUUCAAGUGCGCCUUCCGAAUGAUCAGAUUGUCACUGGCUGGAUAGAGCAUCCUGGGAGAUAUGCUUAUUUUUUCAUCGUCAACGUCAAGGACUUGUCUGGUUUUGAUGCUGCGCCUGUAAGCCUUGAUCGUGACAUACAGUUUGAGCCUUAUAGGAAGGUAGCAGCUGUAUGGCGCGAUUUCAGUUCAGGAUUUUUGAGGGCCACAAGCAGAGUAGAUCUUGCCUCUCUAAGCGCUCUAACCAGUGAGACAAUGUUGAGCACAUGCCGGAUCGACAAGGCUGGGAUUGGAGGCCCCCUUGUUGAUUUUGAUGGUAACUUUGUUGGGAUGAACUGCUCUCGUACCAGAAUGAAAAAGACCCCCUACGUGCGAAGGGAGCAAAUUCUUCAAUUCUUGCGGUAUCACCGGAUGGUCUGUGUUAGAGCUAAGGAAGAGAUUGAUGAUGCUGAAGAAGCGGGAAUUGAACGUGAGAUGAGACAACUAUUUUGCAGCAUUCCAGGAGGAGUUGCAAAAUUCUUUGCUUGCACUGGCGUAUUUAUAAAGUGCAAUGCAUGCUCUGCAACAAUUCUGACUUCAGCAAGUUUGGUUAGAGUUUCUGGUGAUGCACACAUGAUUAAUGAUAACCUGAGGAUUGAAGUUUGCCUUCCAAACGAAUUUCGAGUUGUAGGGAUAUUGAGCCGCUAUAAUUUACAUUACAACAUUGCUCUUGUUGACAUCAUGGGGUACUGGGGUCCUCUUGAAAUAAAAAUCAUCCGGCAUCAAGUUACCUCAUGUGACAAGGUAAUAGCUGUGGGUCGUCUUUUUACUCAUCACAAUAUAAUGGCUGCAAAGGGGAAGAUGUUGAUUGGCAAACGAAGCAAACUCGAUUGCAUAGAACUUUGUGUCUCCACCUGUAAAAUCACCAAGGCUGGGAUUGGGGGCCCUCUUAUUGACACCGGUGGGAAUUUUCUUGGUAUGAACUUUUACCAUGAGGAAGAAACUCCGUUCCUGUUGAGGGAUGUUAUUCACCGCCUAUUGUUGAACUUAAAUAAUUGAUGGACUAGAGCAGGUGAUACUAUUGUUGAGGGUGCCGAAAAGAGAUACCUGUUGCCUGGUCCAUGUUGGUCCCAUGGAGAUGCUGAUACUAUUGCAGAGGGUGGUGUAAACAAGUGGCCGUUGCCUGAGCCAUAUGUGCUCCCUGCUGAUAUACCUGAACCUACAACAUUGGAUUUCUACAAGCUGAUUAGGAUGCACUGUGCUUUUUAGUCCUGCUAGUGCUAGUGGUAUUGAUCAUGUGUUCUUGUUGGUUGGCUGUCUGACCUCCACUCCAACCUUUGUGUUGCUUGAGUUGUCGGAUCUUUUUGUUGCACAAUGAAUGUGAAUCAAUCUUGUGUAAACAGUGAAGUAGAUCUUUGGAAAAACAGAUGGAAAUACAUUUUCCUCUCUUUCUUCA